AAUACUCUCCCUCUCCUUCAAUGGAUUAGAUCAAUCUUCUACUUUUUAACCAAUUGUUACAUUUGAUUUCUAUUAUUUUACAUGUAAUGAAAAUCUUAGAAGAAGAUAAGAGUAUACUGAAGCGUGCAGUCUGUGAAGAAGCCUUUCGCCUAGCCCAACAUUUCUUUUCGUGAUUUGGUGAAAGCACAAUCCAUAAAAGCAAGUGUCAAAAGACUUUAACAUUACUGUCCAGCAAAAAAUGAAGUUUGAUAUUCUCCAGUUUCAGAAAAAGAUUGCAAGUAGCUUGGAACUAAAACGACAGCCAGAUCAUGAGAAUGAAACCAAGCUUGCUGCAUUGAUUUCACAAAGGUUGGGGCAGGGCAGCUUCCUGCUAAUUCUGGAUGAUGUGUGGGAGCCUUUUUCUCUAGAAGAUGUUGGAAUUUCUAAUCCAGUUGGAAAUAAUGGUUGCAAGUUAGUGCUCACGACACGGUCAAAAGAUGUUGCUCGUGCAAUGGAUUGUAAUGUGAUCCAUGUGAACCCUCUUCGACCUGAAGAAGCAUUAGAAUUAUUCUCGGAGAAAAUUGGAAGUGAUGUGUUUUCAGAUGGCAAAAUUAAAAGAGAUAUAGAGCCAUUUUUGAAGCAAAUUUUGCAGAAAUGUGAUGGAGUACCCCUUGCUAUUGUGACAGUGGCAAAAUCAAUGAAAGGGAAAUUACUUCCUCGUCAUUGGAAGUUGGCACUUUCUGAAUUUAGUAAAUUUGAAAGCAUUAUUGAUUGUUUGAAAUUCAGUUAUGAAUGCCUAGAACAACAAUGCCAGGAGUGUUUUUUAUAUUGUGCAUUGUAUCCUGAAGAUUGUCCAAUCCCAAAGGAGGAGUUACUUGAGUAUUGGAUUGAGGAGGGACUUAUAUACAAAGAAGGGAAAACUAGGGAGGCAAUGAAUUGGAAGGGUCAUGAUAUACUCGAUAAGCUAGUUGACAACUGCUUGUUGGAAUCGUUUCAAGCUAUAGACAAAAAUGAAUAUGUGACUAUGCAUGAUCUUCUCCGAGAAAUGGCACUGGAAAUCAGUCCUCAAUUCUUGGUGAAAGCCGGCAUAGCCUUGGAGAAGUUACCAGAGGAGCAUGAAUGGAGAGAAAAUCUUUUGAAGGUUUCUUUAAUGGGGAAUCACAUAACAGAGAUUCCUUCAAGCAUGCCGUCUCCAAAGUGUCCUAUGCUCACAACCUUGCUGUUGGCUUAUAAUAAGAUUUCAACAAUUCCAGAAGCUUUUUUUGAGCAUAUGCUUGGGCUCAAGAUCCUUGAUCUUUCCUGGAAUGAGAAGCUAUGGUUAAAGAAGUUAGACCUUUCCUGGACAUCAAUUGAAGAACUACCGCAAGGCCUCAACAUGUUAACAAAUCUAAAUUAUCUUGGUCUUGGUGGAAGAUUAUCUGAAACUCUUGAUGAACCGCUACAAAAUCUCUCCAAACUUCAGCAUUUAUUAGUAAUUGGCGAUGUCUAUGCCGAAACAGAAUUUAAAUGGGAGACGAUUGGAAUUUGGGGGAAGCUUCAAAACCUUGAGCAGCUGGAUCUUGGUUCUUUGCGUGACUUGAAUAUGGUGUUUGGGGAAGUAGGAGCAAUUGCUGAGUCAGCAUCGCUACCAGCUGGCACAUUUUCCUCUCUUCAAUAUAUUAGUGUUUGUUUUUGUGAUAAAAUAAAGAAGUUAUGCUCGGUAAGGUGGUUGGGAUAUCUCCAGAAACUACAGUCUAUUGAGGUUUCUGAUUGUGAGCAACUGGAGGAGAUGGUAGGGUCUGAAUCUGAAGGAGGAGAAAAAGUCACUCUACCCAACUUAGAAAGGUUGGAAUUGACAAGAUUGCCCUUACUGAAGACCAUCCAUAACGGUUCUUUGAUUUGUGAUUCCAUCAAGAAGAUUGAAAUUGAUAGAUGUGAAAAUAUAGAGAGUGUUUUUUGGUCGGGGUUCAACCCACUUCCAAAUCUUGAAUAUCUAGUCCUUUCUGAUUUAGGGAAUUUGAAAUCCGUGUUUGAUGAAGAAGGUUUUGGUUUAUCGCCACAUGUACCUCCCACAAGCUUUUUCCCUCUUAAAGAAAUUAGGGUUGAAGAAUGUGAUCAAUUAAAGAAGGUAUUCUCAUCUGGAUGGCUGCUUCACUACUUCCAAUCCCUAGAGAGUAUUGAGGUUAAAGAGUGUAAGCAAAUGGAGGAGCUGAUAUCGUCAUCGGCACAUGAAGAAGAAAAGGUCACUCUACCCAAGUUAAAAGGGUUGAAAUUGACAAGUUUGCCCUUAUUGAAGAGCAUCUGCAGCAGCUCCAGUGUGUUGAUUUGUGAUUCCAUCCAGAGUCUGACGAUUUCCAAGUGUAAGAAGCUAAAGAGGAUUCCUCUGAAUUUUCCCUCCCUUGACAAUGCCCAAUCAUCUCAUCCUCCUUCCCUCAAAGAAAUUGUGGUAUACCCAAAAAAAUGGUGGAAAUCAUUGGAAUGGGACCAUCCCAAUGCAAAAGACAUCCUUUUCCCCUUCUGUAAAUUUCGGCCACCGUGGGACGACGCAUCGUGAAUGUAAGCCUUUUAAUCUUCAAUUUUCCAUUUUUGAUUCAACUCAGGAUGAGUUUUCCAUUCUUACUAAAUCUCUCUCUCUCUCAUCUAUUCUUUUCUCCCCCAUUGGCAGCAAUUGGGAUUC